AUGGUACUUUAUGAGCUAUUUUUAAUUUGAUACGUCGCGAUGGUCCAUCCAUGGUUCAUUUCACGUCAUUGCUAUUUGUGGAAAUGAGUAAAAAUGUUGCCGUGUAUUUUUCUAAAUUUAGAAACUGAACUGUUUCACCAUGCAAUACCAAGGUCACUCUACCUAAGGUCACUCUACCUAAGGUCACUAUACCAAGGUCACUCUACCUAAGGUCACUGGUUAAUGUAGAAAAAAUGUCUAAAAAUUGAUAUUUGUCUAUACAUUUCUAAACAGGACAAGGCAUAUCCCACUGAUGAUCAAGGGUGGGCAAGACAAUACCUCUUCAGAGCCAGGCAUUCUAGCUGGGCAAAUCAAUACAGUUGACCCCCUUUGUUAAUUGGACUUGAACUCUCUUGCACGGCUAUGUAUGAAUUUGGUUCUAAUUGUUUAGGAAUAUGUUACAUCUGAAGGUAUAAUUGUGACAAACAGAAUCUUUGUUGGAAGUAUUCCAGAUUGGGUAAGAUAACUUUCAUACUCACAAUACAAUCAAAUACCAACAUCUCUAUGGAACUAAAUUUGAUCGUGCAUACUUUUGCCUAGUACUAGACAAUUUUACUUGCCAAAGGGAGAGGUUGCCAAUAAGUCAUUCCAGAAAACAUCCAUACCUCUCCCCCAUAGAGGAAAUUGGAAGUGUUAACACCCCCUGAGGUUCUAAUUAACUUACUAUAAUUAGAAAAAAAUGUUUUCUCCCCUCCUCCGGAUGGCAGAAAUUUCCUCUGUGGGGGAAGGCUGGAUCUUUUCUGGAAAGACCCAAUGGGUUAAUUGUACAAAAUACCUGUUUUGUUUGUGUAGAUGUGUGAAAACAAGUUGCACCUUGCUUUUCAAGACCUUGACUUUAACGUUCAGGAUACGAGAAUUGUAGUUGACAUGAGAACAGGACGGAAGAAAGGGUAAUAGUGUUGAUAAGAUGUGCUGUAGACAUGCAUGGUGUUGUUAUUCGAAUUUACUUAUAUAAAUGCUCUAUAUUUCAGCUAUGGAUUUGUAACAUUUUACGAUGCCAAUGAUGCAGUGGAACUUGUUAAAAAGGUUGGUAGAGCUGGUUCGAUAUUGUAAAAUGAACCUAAACUGUACAUCUACAUGCAAUUAAGAUUCCCUAAUACAAAUAGGAAAAUCACCUGGCAUUAGACAGGGUAAAAUAACAAAGUAGCUAGGUGCAUUGCCACUUAAAGGGUUAAUACUUUUAUCAUUUUAUUGGGGUCUCAUAUUUCCAUUUCCAUGGACUUAAUGUGCUUGCAGGGUUUUGUUCUUACUAAGGAUGGUGUGAAACUGAAAGUUGAUACAGCUGUUCGAAAGAAGGUAAAUUUGUCCCGAGGCUCUUACAUCAAUUCCAAGACUGUACUGAGAUACUUAUUCAAUUAUAUUUCUACUAGUUUUAUUCAACUAUAUUUCUGCUAAUUUUAGGGUUUGCAACUUCGAUUACAAAGGGAGAAGAAGUUUUUUGAGAGUAAGUAUUAAUUUUUAAUGUUAGGACAACACAAUUUGUUAUUGAAUGGUACCUCUCCCACAGAGGGAAAUGGGAUGUUAAACAUCUCCCCUCACAAAUUCCAUUACCAAAGGACUUUUAUUGUCUCUAGGAGUAGGUGCAAUGAAUCAGACGUACAAUGUCAAUAAUGCGAUGACUGGUCUUUACCCAACAGAAGCCAUCCAGACACAGGCAAGAAAGAAAGAUGCAAUGUAUUUCACCCAAAUUUGUCAUAACUGGCACUAG